UAAGUAAAUCGCGGAUACAUUAUAUAUAUUCUUAUAUUCUAUAUACGCACUUAUAUUUGGAUGUGUAAUAUGUAUAUUUCCCCGUGUUGAUAUUACGGCUUGAGUAAAGUAGUGCGCAGUUGAGGUCUGGGUAAUGUGGCUGUGGUUGUAGCUAGUAGCUCUUCGGCUGUUAGUUAUAAGAGGGCGCGCAUGUGUGAGCUCUUCAGAACUGAAGCUCUGGCAUUUGACGCACACUGCUGUACGGAUGGAUGGAGGUAUCGAUGCGAAAUCUUAUUUGACAUCCACUACUUUGUGUCUACCACGCUGCUGAUCACCUCAGGUGGAUUGACUGAGAACAGAAACUGCCUAGAUUGCAACCAUGGCCUCAGCCUCAUCCAACAGUGAAAGUGAAUCCCAAAGUGUCCUUACCUGGGAGCAAGUGAGCCGCUUGAAUGAUGUGCUGACGGAGGCCGUGCCAGUCCACGGGCGUGGGAACUUUCCUACCCUGGAGGUACGACUAAAGGAUAUUGUCCAGAUGGUGAGAAACCGCUUGGAGCUUCGGGGCAUUAUGGUCAAAGAUGUUCGUCUGAACGGCUCCACAGCCAGUCACGUGCUGGUGAAGGACAUCGGUUGGAGUUACAAAGAUCUGGAUGUGAUCUUCAGGGUGGAUCUUCCUCGGGAAGAGGAGUUUCAGCUCAUCAAAGAUGUGGUUCUGAGCACUUUGUUGGACUUUCUGCCUGAAGGGGUGAACAAGGAGAAAAUCACUCCCAUGACCCUGAAGGAGGCCUACGUUCAGAAACUGGUCAAAGUCUACACCGAGCAGGACCGCUGGUCUCUCAUCUCCCUGUCCAACAAUAACGGGCGCAAUGUGGAACUUAAAUUCGUGGACUCGAUCCGCAGGCAGUUCGAGUUCAGCGUGGACUCGUUUCAGAUCGUCCUGGACUCUGUGCUCUCGUAUUACGACAUCUCGGAGAACCCCAUGUCUCGGCACUUCCAUCCUACGGUGGUCGGGGAAAGCGUGUACGGUGACUUCGCUGUCGCAUUGGACCAUCUCAGGAACAAGCUCAUUGCCACCAAAAGGCCCGAGGAAAUCCGUGGAGGUGGUUUGCUGAAAUACUGCAACCUCCUGGUGAGGGACUUCAAGCCCACGGACGAAGAGGAGUUUAAGGCCUUGGAGCGUUACAUGUGCUCGCGUUUUUUCAUUGACUUUCCCGACAUCGGUGAGCAGCAGAGGAAACUGGAGGCUUAUCUGCAAAGCCACUUCAUCGGUGAGGAGAAGAACAAGUACAACUACCUCAUGAUCCUGCGCCGGGUCGUGAACGAGAGCACGGUGUGCCUCAUGGGACACGAGAGGCGGCAGACGCUCAACCUCAUCUCACUGACAGCGUUUAGGGUGCUCGCUGAGCAGAAUGCCAUACCUGAUGCGUCCAGCGUCACCUGUUACUACCAGCCAGCUCCGUAUGUCAGAGACCUGAACUUCAACAACUACUACGUGGCCUCUUGUAACCAAUCCAUUCCGACUUGGUUGCCUUGUAACUAAGAGACAAAACGAUGCCCGACUAUCAAAAUCCAAAACGCAAGAUGGCCACGUAGCAAUAUAUUUGGCCAAAAGGGAUAUCCCCUCUGUAGGCAUAAAGGAUAUUUAAAAUGACAAGUAUUCUAAUUUUUUUCUUUUUUUUUCUUUUUCUUUUUUUUAAUUCCUUCUCUACAGAGGUGUCAAGUCAUUUCUGAUCCAAAGUGAUAUAUUUUAGAGUUUGAAUUAAGUACAUUUGUUUGCCUUUGUUUUACUUCAAUAUUUGAAAAUGUCAGAUUUGAUUUUGUUGCUCUCAUCUCUGUCCCUGAUCUGAGCGAUUAAUUUUUUCAAUGCUGAAAAGAAUUUCCAUAGUGCCUUAAUACACUAUAACCCUAAAAAUGAAGGAAAGUAGAUAUUGGGACAAAUUGUGUUUUACACACACACAAAAAAAAACAUAAAAGCACAAAGGCUAAAAAAAUAUUAAUAAUGUUCUUAGAAAUAUGGAGAGAAAAAAAUACAAAACAACAAAAUUUGGAAGAAAAAGACGUAAGAUGUAAACACAGGUGAAGUAGGUACUCUAGGCCUUGAGUUUUUUGGUACACUGGUGGGCAGCUAAAGUAGUUUUUGUUCUCAUGAAUUGAAAUGUGACAUAAUCAUGUUUUUACGUUUCAGUUUGCUGUGUGAAUGCAUAAAGAUUUGUUUUUUUCCUGUUCCACCCUACAUUUUGUUCAAUCUCGCACUCGAUGUGAGAUUGAAAUUGGUUGCAACAUGUACAGUAAGAUGGUUUGUCAUUUCCCUAUAGAGCUAAAAGAGCAGUUUAUAAGCAACAUUAUGAACUAAAUUGAAGGAUCUCGGUUGUAAAUGUGGGUUGAUCUGUCAUUAUUGUGUUAAUGUGAACAUGCAUGUGUAUUGAACGCUGAGAGUUCAGGCAUCUCCAUACAAGGAUCAGCGAUGAGGAUCAGCAGUCCUUCUCGCUGUCAUUAACAGACUUAGCACAGCAGUGUGUAACAAGACCUCCACUCUUCUCCGACCAUGCCAACCGGUGUCACCCUGUUCUAAAAUUAUCCCUCGCUGCGCCUCAGGAUGUGCCUUGAAUGGACCGUGUGUGGGCUGGAAUUUGUAGUGGGGCGACCGUCUCCGCCACGCUCCUGCGUCACUAGAUGAAGGACGAAUGCUGGUAUGUCACAAAUCCUUUUCUGGUAAUAGAGGGCUGGAGGACACCAUUGCUGAUUCGAACGGAUGUUAAUGCAUUUCUGUGUGAUGGAUUCCAUUCCAGUUUUGGCUCUGACCGAUGUUGCUUGGGUUGCUGCUCUUGAUCUUUAUUGGGUUUUCGUGUCUGCUGUCUUGCAUCAAGGAACAUUGCAAUAGUCAGUAAACCAAUUCUGGGUUUUCUUUGACAGUAUUGAAUUGUGAUGGGCUAUUCUUGUCCGUCCCCCUGUCAUGCCUGUGCUCCUCAUUCACCGUUAGUCUAUUCAAAGACAUGCUAGUGCUAGCAUCGUUACAUAAUGCCUAACAGCUGCCCUUCUGCUCACGAUUCACAGCUUCUGCUGGUUCAGCUUGUACAAGCACACGCGGUAGAUAAUCAAGAGAGUCACGUUCCAUCUCUUAUCUGCUGUCGCGCAGACUUUAAAAGUUUGAUGAAGGGACACGCCCCCUUUCUGUGGGUCAUUGAGCAGGAAGGAAUUUUUACUGUAUGUGUGUGCUUGUUUUUUUUUUUUUUUUUUGUGGACCAAUGUCUGAGUCAACAGCACAGCGCACUGAUGCCUUUUGUGAUCAUCUUAAUCUAGACCUUGUACCUCAUGCUGUCUGUGAUCAGAAUCCAUUCAUUAAUGCUAAAGUGAGCGAAUGACAUCUCGUACGUCUAAGAAUGUCGAAAACCUAUCCCAACCUCCCCUCGACUCAAGUUUAUUGUCAGACUUAUUCCCCAUCAUGUUUAGUUUUUGUCAUUCUGUGUCUCAUCUUUGUCACCCUUUUGCUCUUAUCCAAAGCAAGACGUGUUCAGAAAGCAGCCUUUUUUAAUAACCAAGGCCAAAUUUAAUAAAAACCCCAUGUGAAUUGCACUUUACUGGUCUUGUAAAUUUGCAACGGCCUUAUUUUUUUGUAGUACAUGGGGUGAAAGGUCUCAGGGAGAUGUCUGGAUGUGAAAGGGCUUCAGUGUAUCCUGAGGAUCAGCAGACGUCCUGAUAACUAAAUUAGUUUCGAGUUAUAGGUAAGCACAAAAGUGACACUCACGCCAAGUAGGAGCUCUCAUCUCAAAACUGGUUUAGCUAUUUUUUCCCUUUAGGGCACCGAUAUGAUCUGUAGUCGUUUGCCAGCAGAACCUCACCUUGAUAUGUGCUUUUUGAACAUGCUUGUGAGAGAGAGAAAAAUGAAAUGUGUCUAUAUGCUUUUAUCUUGUCCAGAUGCGUUUCAGACAGAUAAGACUGUGUGAUAAGACUUGGUGUGUUUCCCAUUUAAAGCAUGUUUCUUAGAAAAGGGAGUGUUGAAAAUAGAAUUGCUUUGUGUUUUGAAUUCAUAUUGUGUGUGUGUGGUGUUACUUUUUGUCUUUUGUCAGCUGUAAUUCCAUAUUUCCAGUGUUACUCCCUCUUUCUUCAGUAGACAAAGGUGUUGGAGCUUUUGUAAUGUUGCUCUGGUUGCAUCUGUAACUGUUUGUUUAUGUACAGGGGAGAUUUUUUUGGAUUUGGACAUGCUUGUUUAAAGUGCAAGUCUUAAUGAUGAUGGAGGCCUUUUUGAAGCCCUUUUGCCAUGUUGCAAGAAGAGUUAUGGAUUUCAGCAGGAUUUGUUUACUUUUUUGUUUGUUUAUUUGUCUUUGUGAGGAUGUUAAUGAUUGUGAGUUUAAAAAAAAGUGAAUGAUGGAAUAAGUCUGUAUAUGAGAAGCACUAUAUAUUGUUUUGAAAUUGUCUUGGUAAUUGAUGUAGAUCAUGCUGUCAUUAUGCCAUUUUGUUUCUCAGCACUUUUACCUCACUAUGAUUUUCCUUUGGAUGGAAUAAAGAAUAAGGAAAAUGUGUAUCAACGGGAAAAAAUAAAGUAUUGAAAGCCCACUA